AUGGCCUUUGGUGUUGUAAACUUUGCUGCCAGGUAUAGUUGCUGUGAGGCAGACUAUAUCGAUGAUGGCUCACGAGCCACUGGCGCUGUGCUUUCAAGAGCUGCUCGGAUGAGGCAAAAGCUGCAGUCUUCUUUGGAGGCCAGUGCGAUCGACAUUGAAGAUGUUCCUUACAAGCAUGCUGGGCAUACAGCUGUCAAGGACAAUGCGAAUGAGACGCAUUUUAACAUCAGGGUAAUUUCGCCCAAGUUUGAGGGCCAGAGCCUUGUGAAGCGUCACAGGAUGGUAUAUUUUUAGAUAAAUGACCUCUUGACUGAUGAGUUGAACUCAGGACUUCAUGCUAUCUCAAUUGUUUGCAAAACUCCCAAAGAGUCAGGAUCCUGA